AUGUUAUGGGCUCAGUUUGCUGGUUGCCCCAACACUGUAUUGACUCUGUCAGGCCUGGGCAACAGGUCCACCAACAAGCGCAUGAGUAUUGACGACAACCUGGUUGAUGGUAUUUAUACCACCAUUGGCAUGGAGGCUAAGACUAAGAUGUCUGAGGUGCUGCCAUUCAUAAUCAUGGUGAUUAUGGAAGGUUGGACCAUAGGGUUGACGAUUUUUGCAAAAACUGCGAUAACUAAUGGAAUGAGCCCAUUUGUGUUCAUUGUUUAUACCAAUGCUUUGGCCACUAUAAUACUGUUCCCUUGUUCCUUUUUAUCACACCAAGAGGACAGAAAGGAGCGGCCAACUUUUACUUUCUCUUUGUUCAUGCGAUUCUUGUUCCUUGGUUUUAUAGGGAUAAGCGUGACUCAGAGCUUUUUAUUCCUGGGUCUAAGUUAUAGUUCGCCAAUACUUGUGUGUGCCAUGGGCCACUUGAUUCCAACGUUUAACUUUCUUCUCUCUCUCGUUCUCAGGAAGACACAGUUGAAUUUGAGAAGCCUUGGUAUCCAAGUCCAAGUGAUUGGUAUCUUGGUAUCAAUAAUAGGAGCAGUGGUAACUGAAUUCUACAAGGGACCACUUAUAAGACCCUCUUCUCACCACCUUACACAAACUAAGCAAUUUCUUGUCUUCUCCUCAACACCAGAGUUUUGGAUUCUUGGUGGCGCCUUGCUUGCUACAGCUUUCUUCUCACUUUCAGUUUCCCACUUUAUCCAAAAAGAAACUCUUGAGCAAUAUCCAGAACCAAUGAAGGUGGUUUCUUAUUCUAGCUUAAUUGGAACGAUCCUCAGUGCAGUAGUCUCAUGUAUAGUUGAUAGGGACAUAAAUGCUUGGAAGAUAAAACGUAACAAGGAUCUUAUUCUCAUUGUUCUAACUGCACUUGUUGGGGGUGUGAUUCGUCCAAAUACUCAAGUAUGGUUAACUCGCAUUAAGGGUCCAUUUUAUGUGUCACUUUUCAAGCCCUUUGGUAUUGCCUUUGCCACAACUUUUGCAGUUUGCUUCUUUUCUAACAGUCUUCAUUAUGGAAGUGUGAUAGGAACAACUGUAAUUGGAAUGGGGUAUUAUACAGUAAUGUAUGGACAAGUCAAAGGAAAUGAAGAAGAGAAAAGCUGUGACGAUAGCUCAGAUUCCUUGGACAAGAAGAUACCUCUUCUGCAAGAAAAAAUGGAGGAAGUGUGA